UAGCGAAGGAGAAGAGAGGUUCGGUAUUCUGAGGUUUUUGAGCUUUGCACUUCACCCACGAGAUGAUCUUCGUAUGUUUAACUGCAUUUAAUAUAAUUCCAACGAGAUUGAUUUUAAUGUAAUAUACAAAAGUCAAUUAUUUUCUACCCUAGCGUGGACUCACUGACUCUCCAUUAGGUUGAUAGCACCUACCGUUGUGUUUUUUUUUUUCGUUCUACGAAACAAUUUAGUCAAUAGAUUCAGCAAUACUCGUGAAAUUAUAGUAAACCAUAAUCUAGUUUUCUAUAAAUUUGAUUUACGACAAUGCUUAGACUAUCAUACUCCUGAACAGGUCCUUACAUUAAUUUUCUUUAUUUGUGAGUAUGGAUCCAAGAUUGCUUUGGGUUACUCGAUCUGGUAACGUCGAUGCUUUGUAUUCACUUAUUGCAAAGGAACCAUGUCUUCUUAAGAACUUAGACGUUUUACCCUUCAUCCACACACCUCUCCACGAGGCUUCAUCUACGGGGAAGACAAACUUAGCGAUGGAGUUGAUGGUUCUUCAGCCAUCUUUUGCCAAGAAAUUGAACACGGAGGGGUUUAGUCCUUUACAUCUCGCCGUUCAAAACCACCAAUCUGAGUUAGCUAAAGAGCUAAUUAUGUUUGAUUCCACUCUUGUUCGUAUUCCUGGAAGAGGAGGUAUGACACCACUUCAUCAUGUGGUAACAAUUGGUGACUUGGACCUACUUGCAGAGUUUCUUGUGCUUUGUCCUGAGAGCAUUAGAGAUACAAAUAUAAAUGGAGAAACAGCAUUUCACAUCACCGUUAUGAACGAUAAAUACGAAGAGCUCAAGAUUCUGCGAGGGUGGAUGCAACGGUUGCACAAUACUGAUUCUUCGUCCACCGAGAAUUGCGUCUUGAAUAAACCCAACCGUGAAGGAAACACAAGAAUAAUCACCAGGCAUCUGUCUUAUAAAUGGUUGUCGUGGGAUAUCUAUUUACAGGCAGUAAAAUAUCUGUUGAAAUUCAUGUCACUGAACCGGAACAUCCUAAACAAAAGUGGUAUGACGGCCCUUGAUGCUUUGCGAGCCAAUGGACAUCUCAUGAACAGAGAUACCGAGAAAAUAUUAAAAAAUGCAGGUGGUAAGAGCGCGGAUUCCCUAUCCAAAGUCCAGAAAACGUCUGUCUUUCUGCAAAAAUCAGUCACUUUCCGGGAAUAUUGUUCUACGGGUAUAUCACGUUAUAGGAGUCACCUAUCAGACGGGACGCGGAACGCUCUUCUAGUAAUAAUAGUUCUGAUAUUCGCAGCUACUUAUGAAACAGCGGCCCAGCCGCAAGAUGAAGAGGAUAUAUAUAAGUUUUCUUUCUCAGAAAUCAUAUUAAAAUACAUCCUCCUUUGGGGACUAAAUACUAUAGCCUUUUUGUUGGCUAUUGCCUCUGGAUUUAUACUCUUACCUGUUGGCAGCACCUAUACUGUCUGGUAUGUCCUCAUCUCAACGCCUCUCGUCUGUUCUUACGCAAUCUCCGUGUACCUGAAGCAUAAGCUCCUCCCACUGAUAUUCUUACUAAUGCAUCUCCUGACUGUAUUAGGAGUUAUCCUGUACCUACUUGUAUUCUACAUGAAGUGGAAGCGGACUACACAGAAGAAAAUACCAAAACUCAGAAGCGAGCUGAAUUCCAAAAAUGGUGAAGAUAUAUGUUGCAUAGGAGCCGGUUAUGUCAGUGGACCAACCAUGGCAGUCGUUGCUCUUAAAUGUCCCGACAUUGAAGUAGCUGUCGUUGACAUCUCUGUACCACGUAUCAACGCUUGGAACAGCGACCAGCUUCCAAUCUACGAGCCUGGUCUCGACGAAGUCGUCAAGCAGUGCCGUGGCAAGAACCUUUUCUUCAGCACCGAUGUUGAUAAACUCGUCAGAGCUUUCGAAGCUUGCGGCAGACGCUUUCUUGGCUCAGAGGAUUUCAUCUGUUAA